AUGGCGACCUCCGGGAGAGAGCCCAAGUUUCCGAAGCCUUCCUCUCUCCAGGGAGGCAUGAGCAUUUCACGAACUGGAGCGCAGUCGAAAGUGCUGCACUCAGAAAAGGAUCGUCACUCUUGCUGGUCUCCUUUUCCCAUGGGUCAGAGACCGAAAAAUACUUUAUGCAAAGCCUCCUCCUACCUGCUCCAGCACCUCAUUCACCGCUAUCAGGAGUCAGACGUGGACAGAGAUUACUACGACCUGGAAGAGGGCGAGGGCGACGGCGAGGGCGAAGUGGAAUCCGAGGAGUCCUCAGAAUCCGAAAUGCUGAAUUUUGAGGGAGGACUUGAUGGGGUCCUGAGGGAGGAGGUCGUGGCUGAGAAGCUCUACCAACUAGGGCGCUCAGGCUCUGGGACGGAGCAGGUCUACCUCAGCCUGACUUUAUCAGAUCUUGAUUUAACUGACGUUAGCAUCCUCUGUGGAUAUGUUCACCUACAGAAGUUGGAUCUUUCAGUAAAUAAAAUUGAAGAUUUGUCUUGUGUGAGCUGUAUGCCUUAUCUUCUAGAACUUAAUGCUUCUCAGAAUCACCUGAAAACAUUCUUCAACUUCAAGCCACCCAAAAAACUCAAGAAGGUGGAUUUUUCCUACAACCAAAUUUCAGAAAUGUGCAGUUUAUCGGCAUACGAGUCUCUCACGAAACUAAUUUUGGACAGCAAUGAGAUAACUGAAAUCAGUGGACUAGAGCUGUGUAGCAGUCUUAACUACCUUAGUUUGGCCAACAACAAGAUCACAACCAUUAAUGGCUUAGGCAUGUUACCAAUCAAAAUACUUUGUCUGAGCAAUAACCAGAUUGAGAAGAUCACAGGUUUGGAUGACCUAAGAGUCCUUCAGAUCCUCGAUUUGAGCCAGAAUCAGAUCAGUAGCCUCCAAGGCUUAGAGGGUCAUGAUUUCUUGGAAGUGAUCAACCUCGAGGAUAAUAAGAUUGCUGAGCUGGGUGAAAUAGAAUACAUUGAAAACCUACCUCUCCUUCGAGUUCUCAAUCUUCUGAGAAAUCCAAUUCGGGAAAAACCUGACUAUUGGUCCUUCGUCAUUUUUAUGCUACUUCGAUUAACAGAAUUGGAUCAGAAGAAGAUUAAAGUGGACGAAAAGAUCUCGGCCGUGAAUAAAUACAACCCUCCCCCGGAAGUGGUCGCGGCCCAAGACCACAUGACCCAUGUGGUCAACAGCGUGAUGCAGCCGCAGAGGAUCUUUGACAGCACCCUGCCUAGUCUGGAUGCCCCGUACCCCAUGCUGGUAUUGGCCGGUCCUCAAGCAUGUGGUAAACGAGAACUCGCUCACCGCCUCUGCAGACAGUUCAGCACUUACUUCAGAUACGGGGCCUGUCACACAACCAGACCGCCUUACUUUGGAGAAGGAGAUCGGGUUGAUUAUCAUUUUAUCUCUCAAGAAGUUUUUGAUGAAAUGCAAAACAUGGGGAAAUUCAUUCUAACCUAUAAUUACGGUAAUCACAAGUACGGAUUAAGUAGGGACACCAUAGAAGGUAUCGCAAGAGAUGGUUUAGCAAGCUGUGUUCAUAUGGAAAUAGAAGGUGUAAGAAGUUUAAAACAUUCCUAUUUUGAGCCUCGAUAUAUCCUGGUGGUACCCAUGGACAAGCAAAAAUAUGAAGGCUACUUGAGGAGAAAAGGAUUAUUCAGUCGUGUAGAGAUUGAAUUUGCUGUCUCCAGAGUGGACCUUUAUAUUAAAAUUAAUCAGAAAUAUCCAGGGUACUUUGAUGCAGUAAUCAACGCAGAUGAUCUGGAUGUUGCCUACCAAAAGCUCAGUAAGCUCAUUAGAGAAUACCUUGGAUUUUCUGAGGUGACUGCCAUGAGUUUGGCUCCAACCACAGGAGAUAUUAAGAAACCUCAGCUGAAACCUGAAAAGACUUCUAGGAAGUUAAGAGUUUCAAAUGAGUUUGAAUCCCUGGAUUUUGCAGACAGAAACUACUUUGUGAAAUUAUGGGCCAGACUUUCAGGCAAAAAAACGCCAGUGGAAAGAGAGUCUUUGGAGAGACAGUAUGAGACAGCCCGGCAGACCCUAAUGGGAAAUACGCCUCCUCAGCACACGUUCCUAUUUCAAAGGGGUCUAGUACCAGCACCCAUCAUCAAUAAUCUACGUUAUUUUACAGCAUUAGAACUCAAGAAAAGUUUUGAGCUUUAUGGGGAUUAUUUUAAAGCCCCCUUUGGACCUUCUGAAAAGAGUGUCAUGGAUUCCAGUGAUUCCAUGCAAUAUCCUGAAUUACUUCAAUCUUGUCCAUGGCCAAAAGAUUUGCCUUUUCGGCCUCCAGAAGACAGUAUUUGUUCACACCCAGGCUCAAUAAUAGGUGAUACUGAGGAUCAUGCCCUAAAAGCACUAUAUAAAGCAUUUCCACAUGGAAAAGGUUCUCUCCAACAUAGAAGACACACAGUCUCAGCCAUCAGUCGUCCAGGUCUACACCUGCAAUGGAUUUUUGUGUACAGAGUGAGGGCACAGAAAUCUGAGGGGUUUAUAGAGUUUUCAAGGCAUCAGCGGAAAGCAUCUGGUUCCUGCAUUAAUGAGAAAGUCUUGGGGGUCUUGCCUGCUCUCCAGGGACCAUGCCUGUAG